UCGAAAUGGCGAACAGAGAGAGUUGUAGGAACUUACGAUGGACAAAACGAAAUGCUGCUUUCUUUUAUUUUCAAGACAUUAAUGCAACGAAUACUUAUCAAAAUUGUUUUAAAACGUAAUAUAUUUGGUGUUGAAUUCGUUUUUAUUUCGAAACCCAGGCAAAGCCUAAGCUGUGCCAGUUGAUCUAAGGACAAAAUCAAAACAAACAUGGCCGACAUGGACAAUAACAGUGCCCUCGUAUCUGCGGUUACUUCCCAUGUUGAAAUGAAUGGCAGCAAUGAAGAAGCCUCUCAGUUGGACAGUGGUAUUGUUGACCAGGUAGAUGUCGACGUCACCGAUGAAGAAAUGCUUCAGACUGCACUAGCAGAUGCAAGCAGUGCAUUCCCUGCAGUCCAGUAUAACGAGGAAACUGAGGCCCUGCACGAUGGAGCUUUGAUAAACAAUGGUAUUCAGUUUAUAAAUGACUCAACAGGCAGUCAAGAUAAUACUGAUCAUUUAGCCGAGGGCUUUGUUGGGGAAACUUCAGUUAAUUUCAUAAACGAAACUGACUUUGUUAUUCAAGAAGGCAAAACUGAUGUGAUCAAGUACCACAGUGAGCACAGUGAGGGUUUAGAGGACAGUUCAAAUUCAGUGCUACAUGCACAACUUCCAUUAAAUGCAAAUGUCUCACAGCCACAAAUUAUUGUUCAGCAACAUUUACCACAAAGUUCUGCUCCGUUAGGGUCGAGUCAGAAUCCCAUUAGAAUAAUCCAGCAAGGAAAUCAAUAUACGCCUGUACAGCAACUGUCAACAGAUCAGUUACAGCAGAUAAUGCAAGUUGUGCAGCAGCAACAGAUUGGUAAAAAUAUUGCUACUGGUUCAAGUGUCUUAUUUAAUCCACAGACAAAUACUAGGAUUGUAUAUAGGGUAAUAUAUCCUUCCCAGCUGCAUAAGGAUGGUGCUGGUGACAGCACCAGAGCAGCAGGCCAGCAAACUGUCAUGUCUUCUGUCCCUCGGAAAACAUACAAAAAGCGAAUUAAAGAGGAAGAAAUAGAUAGAAUAGAGGGGCCAGAAUUAUCAAAAGAAGAAAAAGAACAAAGAAAAAAGAUGCGGCCUAAAACAAGAUCUGGGCGUGUUUCAAAACCACCUAAACACAUGGUGAAAGACUUCAAGCAUAUUCAUGUUCUAGAUUAUGAUGAAGACUAUGAUGAUAGUGAUGGUGGUUAUUCAGAUUUUAAAUAUGAAGGAGAAGAUGAGCCUGACAGAAAAGAUGAUGAUGACAACUUUGUCACAUAUGCAACAGGUGUGGAUUCUAUGAAGCCAAAGAGAUGGAAAUGUAUUACUUGUGAGAAGGCUUAUAUCGGGAGGGCUGGUCUUGGACGACAUCUUAAACUCAAUCCGUCACAUGGCUCUAUAGAUUUAGAGGGUGAUGGUGACAUGGAGCCACCUGAUCCAAACAUCACCCCAGUAUCCAGUGAAGAUAUGACACCAUCUACUCCAGCUACACCAAAUGGAAUAAACAGUACAGCAAACAGUACUGCAAGCUUCUCCGAGGACAGCAGAGACUCUUCUGUCAGUCUGACUUACACGCCCACACCCAGACGUGGUAGGGGUAGGGGCAGGUCUGGUAGGGGCGGCUGGCGAGGAAGGGGAGCAUACAAUAAAGUAGAUCCAGAAACAAGGAGACUGAACAAACUAAAGGAGAUAACAAGAGAGUGUAGUGAUGAAGAAUUGAUGGAGAUAGUGCUACCACGGCUGGCUAAAGUGAUCACCCUAUGGGAGUUUCUGCUUAUGAAGGUGGAAAAGGGUAACCCAGCAUGGCCACAUGCUGAUGAUAUAUAUAAGGAGUACGAGAAGUUGCAUGAACAUGUGAAGAAGUUGUGCAAGGCAUAUCUUCAGUUUGUGUCAGAACCUGAAACAGUGAGGGAACAACACCAGUCUUUGUUACAGGUGGAAAACAAAGACAUAGCACAGGCACUUGGAUUACAUGUUGGUCCCCAUAAAGUACGAGAGAUAGCGGAUACAGAUAGUGACAUCCAGUAUAAAUACAAGCUUCUUACUACCAAUCAGUCGGUUGACUUCGACUACACAAAUAAGUCAUUUUUAAAACGAACGGUAGAAGUUGUUUCACCAGAACAAAUUGUGUCUCCUGCAAAAAAGUUGAAACAUCUUCAGCCGCAGUCAAAUAUUGUGACAAUAUCACACCCAAGAAAUCUCUAUUCCAGUGCAAAAAGCACCUCAAUCUCAGUGACUAGUGCUAACAGUACACCAAUAUCUGGUGUGAAUAGUGUGCCGUUCAUAUCCAAAAUAAAAGUUGUGUCGCCACAAAAAAUGAAUGGCAGUGUGAGCCAGUGUUCUAAUUCAGGGAAACCCACUAGUGGUAAAACAGUAUCAUUACUUACAAACUCAUUCUCUAAACAUUCUCAGUCAUCUUCAUCCUUAUCAUCAUUGUCUUCUUCAUCAUCAGACAGAUCAUCACAGAAAGUCAUCAUUGUCUCAGGAACAAACUCUACUCCACAGUCUAGUGCUUCAACAUUCACAAGUAGUAGUGUACCAGUCAAAAAUUAUUUACCUGGUCCAUUAGAAAACCAGUCUGGCAAUCAGUUGCAUAACCAGUCAGAAAAUCAAUUAAAUAACCAGUCUGGGGAACAGUUUGUAACAUUAUCAAAUGGUCAGGGUUUAAACUCUCAGAAUAGAAUAAUUCUGCAUGAUAGUGUUACUGGAACUUACACAGUGUGUUCUGUUUCCAACAAUUUGACCAACCCAUCUCAGGCAAGUAUUGACGUAUCGCAGAACUCCACAAGUCAGCCAGUCAUUCUCAGCUUACCUCCGUCUUCAAAUCCACAGUUAAUGCAGCCAAAGUUAGUUCUAAAUGACAUGAACCUGCUUAAUUCAGUUCCCAGUGAAACAAGUGAGUUCCAGCAAAUUAUCACAAGUGUUGCAGGUGAAAAUAUUGUAAACCGACAAAUAUUGAAUGUCAAAUCUGGAGAGAGCUUAAAUGUGAAUCCAGUCACUUCCAUACCAACUGAAGGUAUAAGUGUAACAGAUUUAGAUCAAAAUGAACAAAAUCUUAUACUUACUUUACCGAAUGGGGAUCCUGUAAGGCUUACGGGUAGUGAUCAGAAUAGUACUGGUGAUGUUGUUUAUGCUUUGACUAAUGGAGAUUCUUCUAAUGAGAAUGUUAUAUUCACAGUUGAUCCAAACUCCAUGUUAGUGACAGAGUUAAAUAGUGAUCAGUCUAAUGAGGCAGCUAAUGGUAUUGAAACUAUAAAUGGUGAUCAAGUAUUGCAAACAAAUGGAGAUAAUGAGGUUGUCGGUGUAAUUAAUAGCAUUGAUACAUCAGAAACAGUGAAAGAGUUGAAAUCCAUGGAACAAAACACUAACAUGGCUUGGGAAAUAGUAGAGAAUGUCUCUCCCAAUGAGGAUACCCAGCAAGCUAUUGAUACAACACAGAUGAAUGGCAAUGCACUGAUCAGUGAUGCCUCAUUAAAUGAGAAUCACACUUCGAUGGCAGCUAUUGAUAACUGUGGCGACAAAAUAAAUAAUAUUGAACCAAAAAUGAAUAAUGAAUACGAGGUGAACACUGAAGACAGUAACCCAGAAACUAUUCAGAUACCAGCAACAAACAUAUACCAGACUGAAGACGGACUGAUUUUUAUACAGAAUCCUGAUGGAACUACACUACAAUUGCAGGGUUCUGAUGGACAGGCUGUUUCCAUGGAAACAGUACAAGCUUUGCUUGGAAUGGAAACAGAAACUUCACAGUUAACUACAGAACAAAAUGCAACCUAAAAUCGACAAAUUCUUAACAAAUAAGGUUUUUAUCAAAUGUAGAUAUUUCAUCAAACUAAUUCAUUCAGUAAAAAGAAAUAUUUAGGUAAUACUGUCAACAUAAAAAUCUUUUAAGUGCUACACAAAAACUGCAGUGACUUUUUGGAGUUCAUAUUGAAAAUAUUGAUUUAGUCUUGGCAAUACGUCAACAUAUUAUAACUUAAGGAAUAUGAAGUGUUUUGCAGAAACAAAAAACACAUCUCUUGUGAUACAAGUUUUAGACAUAAACUCCCAACUGCCUCUGUUAGAAUCAUAAACAUGUCAAUACCAAGAAGUGACAGACAAUGAAAUUAAACUUCUGUGGAUGAUGUUAUUAUUAAGGAUGUUGAUGCCCAGAAUUGUAAAGUGUACAUUGUAUGCUGAUAGCAUGAAAAAUUCAUAUUUAUUUAACAUAUAAAUUAUUGUAUGCAAAUAUGAUUUAUUUAUUGAAUUCAACUGCCUGGUGAGAUGAAAUAUUCUACUUGUAAAACCAUGUUUAUAAAUAGAAUAUUUCUGUAGACGAAAAAAUAUAAAAGUGAGUUAAGAAAUGA